AUGCCUCUUUCAAAUAGGCGCCGCGCGCGCCGCAAGGAAAUCCAACUGCAGGAAACAUCUGACGCGGAGGCUCCGGACUCGUCGCCCAGCCGGCCGGCAAACAAGAAGCGCAAGGUCGACCGUCGUCCUCCCUCCCCUCCACCUCGACAGGUCAAGGCGGAAGAAUCCGCGGGCGAAGCCGACGACUCGUCCCCGGAAAACGAACUCUCGGAAAACCAAGACCUCAUGGACAUGGUCAUCUCCUGUCUCACUCUCGCCCGCGAAGAGGUGCGCGUCAUGCGGGAUCAUUCGAACAGCAAGACCGAGAAUAAACAGAGUAUCCGAGCAUAUGCAAAGAUUGCCGGGCGCGACUGGACAUACUACGUGAAAACACUCCAUGUCAACAUCGGUCGCGAGCCAGACAGGGAUCAGAAACUCGAUGAACAGUCCAGUCCCGUUACUAUCGCAGCGCGAGCGCUUCCCGAAGUGCAUGUCGAUUUGGGUCCGGGAAAGUUCGUGUCCCGCCUCCACGCUGAGAUCUUCUACGAUGGGGAGCAGACUGCCGCGUGGCAUAUCCGGGUCAACGGCCGUAAUGGUGCUCGUCUGAACAAUGUUAUUCUCAAAAGAGGCACCGAUGCCAUUCUUUCCUGUGGCGAUAUCAUCGAAAUCGCCAAUACGCAAAUGAUGUUCGUCACGCCAGGUGACAAGGCCAAUAUCCACGCCAGCUUUGUCGAGCGCGCACAGCGCGUUGCUAACGGCGAGGAACCCCUGGAUUGGGAUGCCUCUCAACACGCACAUCCCUACCUGUCGCAGUCAUCCGCUAUUAUCUCCAAUGAUCCGGCGAAUUCGACGAUUCCUGCUGGUUCCAGUGGCCAUCCAUCUCUCGCACCCGCACCUCAGUUUCUUAAGCGUCAGGUCACCCCACCUCCGCGCUCCCCGGAUACAAGUGGCGCUCGCACAGCGAAGCAAUCGCCUCUCUAUAACCGGGGUAUGAUGAUGGAGAGCACAGAGGAGAUAGACUACGGCAAGGAUUCGGCCAAAGAUCUGAAGCCGCCAUACAGCUAUGCCACGUUGAUUGCACAGGCAAUUUUUUCGAGCGAGGAAGAAAAGCUUACAUUGAAUAAUAUAUAUAACUGGAUUAUGGAUAAAUAUGCCUUCUAUCGUCAUUCGCAGAGUGGCUGGCAGAAUUCGAUCCGCCAUAAUCUGUCACUUAACAAGGCUUUUCAAAAAGUUCCUCGUCGGACAGACGAACCGGGCAAGGGAAUGAAGUGGCAGAUCGCGCCGGAAUAUCGAGAGGAGUACUGGAAGAAGCAAUUGCGCAAGGGAAACCAGUCAUCGGCUCCUUCGUCACCGGCCACCAAGGAGGUAUCAUCGUCACGCGGAGCAAAUGGCUUCGAGGCGGUCUUUUCGGCUGGCAAGAAGUCCCCACAGGUGUCGUCGCCCGGCUUCAGCUCGUUCCCUGUAGCCCCCAUCGAGGCGUAUACUCCGGAGCGGGGCUCUCGUGCAGGUCAUCCUCUGCGCAGUUCUCGGCUAGACUAUGAAGAGCCAUCUCCGCUACCAACACGUAGUGCUGCAAAUGCCAACCGUAGCAGCAGCGCGAAUAACAACGACACCACGACUGGCCGCGCCUACGGCCUUUCCGACAACGUUGUCAACUCCCCACCUAUCCUGUCUUCUUCGUACUACGAUGAUGGCCCGAACAUGAUCACCCCGGCCCCACAGCGUCAGCAACCACGACUCCCACCACCCAGCACGGCACAGGUCCCUUCGAAAUUCAUGCCAAUGAGUUCUCCAGCGCAGUUCUGGAAAUUUGCCGACAUCGGCAGCACCCCUGCACGGCCCACGCAGGACACGAGCCCGAUCAAGGGAGAACCGCGGGACAUCGGCAGUAUGCUAAGUAGCAGCCCUCCACCACCGAAUCUUGUGAGCCCAAGCAAGUCAGGGACCGCACUUGGAUAUGGGCGGAGUCUGGCUCCGUUGCAGGAUGAGGCGGAGGAAGCAGAAGGAUCGAACAGCGCGAACGGUAUAGAAGUGCGUCAGCCAGGCCAUAAUCCCGGUCCGGGCGAUGAUGACGAUGACGACGAGGAGGGGGGAUUUGAUCUUGCAAGAGGGUUUCAACCGAUAGGCUCAUAUCAUCGACAGCUGAGCAAUGCAGCUAGAGCCAGUGCCGCCACUUCAUAA